UCCUGGCAACCCCCACCCCCUCCCCAACAUGUUCACUGCUGGCAGCGGCUUGCACGCUUCUACACGUCAGAAAAGGGCCGGUCGUUCACUCCAUGUGAGACUAAGAAAAUCUAAAAUGUCCGGAGAUAUUACAACACGGAAGAAGAGAAAGUCAGCUGCUGGCCGGAAGAAGGAAGACGACAUUUUACUUGAACCCAAAAAUCCGCCAAUCGAUAAAAGGAAAAAGCCGCAAUUAAUAGUUGAUGAUCUGCCUGCUCCGAAAGAGCGCAACAUGUUCAGCAAAUUAUGUUACGCUUUCAUCAUAUUCGUUCUUCUUACAAGUAGGUAGCGUGUGUGGUGUUUAUAUGUUUCUGCUAAAUUCUGAUUCCAAUGUUAUUCCUGCAGCAUUUUCGGAAGUACAAGAAUCCAUAGUUGAAAGAUUGAAAGAUCUGUCUUCAUUAAAGCUGCCAGAGUUCGAGCUUGGAGCAGAGUAUCUCAUGCCAUCAUUUCUAGGUACAGCACUGUCUGUUGAUAAUCUUAGAGAAAUGUCAACCAAAGGAAUAGAGAUAAUUGUUGAUACAUUUGUAACAGCAUCUGUACAGCUGUCUGAUGCACUAUCAACUGUUUCUAAAUCUGUUAACCCAGUAGUCAGCUGUGCCAAAGAUCAUGUGGAAAACUGUCUAGCCACAGUUUCCAAGUUUAUUAAAGACACCAUAGCAGCAGUAUCAACAUCUGGUAACAGCAUAACAGAAGAGGUCCAGGUCACACUUGAUCAUGAUGACGAUGUUCCUGCCACAGAACAGGAAGAAGAUAAUAUUGCUGAUGUCUUAAACAAGAUGACAGAGGAAAUAAACAAGAUUCAAGAUAACAUUCAACCUGAUGUAGUUGAUGAAAUACAAGAGGUGCAUGUUGAUGCUUUGAUUGACGUUGCUGAGGAAGCCAAUGUUGAAGCUUCUGAAAAAUCACAAUCUAAUGAUGUUAUUGUUGAAGAAGCUCCUGCCCCUCCUACUGUUAAACCAACUGAAAGAACACUAGUCAAUGAUGAAAUUGAUGAGAAUAUUAGACAUAACAUUGUUCUAUAGCAAAAGACAAGAAAUGUAAGCAUUUUUUUAAUAAAUGCGAAUAAAAAAUAUCUUUUGUUUAA